GCGGGCGCGGGGCGGGGCGGAACACUGGAGGAGGCGGUCCAGGACCCUGACUCUUCUCGCGGUUACUGGGCCGGCGCGAGCGCGCGAGGCUCGGGGGCGGCACGGGGUGGGGUUUAGCUUGGGGUGGACGUUGCGGGUCUUACCUGGGCGUCGCUGUGCUCGCGGUGCUGAGGUUGUCUCGGGUGAGGAGGUCGCUCCGGAAGUGGCUCUGGCGGUGGCCUUUCGGCGCAGUAAGGAGCCUGCGACGUAGUUUUGUUGUUUAGGGGGCGCGCCACCACACCGCUCCCUCCACUUUCCUUGGUGCAGCCAUGGCGAAAGGCAGAGUCGCCGAACGAUCGCAGACAGGCGCUCACCACACAAUCCCCGUGGGGGACGGGGCAGCGGGGACGCGGGGACCUGCGGCGCCUGUCAGCAGAGACCACCAGAAGGAAAAAUCCUGGGCAGAAGCUGGAUCAGCAAGAAUGUCACUCCUUAUAUUGGUGUCCAUUUUCUUAUCUGCAGCUUUUGUUAUGUUUUUGGUAUAUAAAAAUUUUCCUCAGCUUAGCGAAGAAGAAAGAGUGAAUAUGAAGGUUCCCAGAGAUAUGGAUGAUGCCAAGGCUCUAGGAAAAGUUUUAUCCAAAUAUAAGGACACCUUUUAUGUUCAAGUACUUGUAGCUUAUUUUGCUACAUAUAUUUUGUAUCCUUUUAACUGAAAAAAAUGUUUUCUAAUUUUGUCUAAGAAAAAGUUUAAAAGGUCUGGUCUUCAUUUAUACAUAAGUAUUUUCCUUUUAAAAUUUGUUAUGGCAGUGUAACAAUAUUAAAUAAUUGAAAAAUUAAAAUAGAAAACAAUUAUUACUUUAA